AUGCCGUCAGGCAAUGGUCAUGUCUUGAAGUUACCGAUUCGAACUACAACUGUUGUUGUAUCAUUGAGUGUAGGCUUCGCAUUAAUAGGAUAUUGUAUCAAGAGAUGGUUAGCAUCAAAUUCUAGAGCAUCAAAGAAACCUCCACCAACAGCACCAUCUAAUCCUCCUAUAAAUGAAAACCCGGAACUUAGUUUGAAACCAAUGGAAAGUGGAAGAACAUCGCGAGCUAGAUGCACACCUUCAUUCAGUGAGCGUGGAAGUACUAGGCAAAGUAUACGAAGAGGACAGUCAACAGUCCUUCCAGGAGAUGCAGAUCUUCUCUGUAGUGUCGAUAUUUGCCAAGAUUUGCUUCGGGUCACGGAACGAUCUCUUAGUGCUUUAGAGUUAGUGAAGAACAGAAGUGAAAAAGAUAAAAUGCGAGCAGACUUGUUAUCAUCGGCAAUUGAUCGUUUACGUGUCUUAGAGACUGAUUUUAACCGACUAGCCAGUGAAUGUGUUCUCGAUGAAGCUCGGGAGGACGGUUAUUCUACGUCUUGGAGUGGGCAUUAUUCAGGAAGACCAGGAACUUUGUCAGUGUUCUCUGAUGAUUCGUUCAUGUCUGCUCUUGAAGAUAUGCCUGUGAUGCUCGAGGAAGAAGAUCGAGACUUACUCGAUAUUAACGAUUCGGAAAUGAUCCUUUAUCUAGCAGGUCUAGACGCUGCUCAAAGUGGCCAAGUCACAUACAGAAAAGCUAGGAUCGAUUUAUGCCAAUGCGAGAACGAAGUUGAAUUCGCCGCAAAACUAUGGUGUUUGAGACAGGCUUUCCAGAGUAUAUUCUUUGAUGAACAUAAACGGCUCUGGUUGGCUAAAGCAGGCAGAACCUUAUUAGGAGAUCUUCUCCGACAUUCGAAACAAGAUCCCAAAACGUUCUACGAAGCUUUCGAUAAGAUAAUGGAUUUUUUCUCGGAUGACAGCAACUUAGAGCAAAUGAAGGAUGAACUGAGUUCGAGAGGGGUUCGAGAAAUUGGAUUUUGGGACGUAGUCUUAGAUUUCGUAUUACUUGAUAGUUUCGAAGAUCUUAAACAACCCCCUUCCGCAAUCUAUACAGUUACUAAAAAUGUUUUUUUAUCCCACUCCAUGAAAUUAUCAACACUAACAACUGUUGUCUGGUCCAUGUCCAAGGCUAAACGGCAGAGAUUGAAAUUCCCGAACGGAUUUAUCUCACAUUUUUAUAACAUAUCAGAAGCUGUCAUUCCUUCUUUGGCCUUAGGUUUUUUAGGAACUGAUGAAGGUCUCAGAGACUUAUGUCAAUUCUUCAGAGAGCAAGUUAUACAACUUGUUGUAGAUGUCUUCAAUAAGAAGCGUGUACGAUAUACUACUGUUAAAGAACUAUCAGAGGAUAUCUGGGUUGUGAUUCAAAAUCGCACAGAAGCAUUACAAAAUCGGAUAGGAACAGAACUCAUUCCAGCAUAA